CCCCAAUUUCAACAAUUUCAACUCUCAUCUACUGUACUGUACAAAGAGCAUCCGGCCAACCCAGCUGAAGCUACUUUCUAGCCGUUGCAUAUCUGCUUUAUAGUUAGAUUCCUUUAUUACACCUCCGAAAAAUGGGCAACCUGCAGUCGAGCACCUCUCCGAAUUCGUCGGACCCGGGCGGGGCUAGCAUUCCGCCUCUAGCCCAGGAUUUUCGGCAACAGGCGGAUGAGCAAGCCCGUCUGCGAAAUUCCUGCUACCAGAGUUCUCAGGAAGCUUGGCGCUCAGGGCAAAAGGACCAAGCAAAGGUCUGGAGUAUCAAGGGGAAGGAACAUGAUCAGCAGAUGCGAAUCUUGAAUGAGCGGGCAGCGGCCGAAGCCUUCGCUGUCAACAAUCGCGGCAGAGACUUGUCCGAGAUUGACCUGCAUGGCCUAUCUGUCGACGGAGCGAUCGGUGCUGUCAAGCAGCAUUUGGGGAAGUGUAGGAAAAACGGCGUGAAGAAGACGGUGGUCAUCACAGGUCGCGGGCUGCGUAGUUCCAACGGGGUUGCCAAAAUCAAACCUGCGGUGGAAGCACUUCUCAGGGAGGAAAAGCUCCGAGCGACUGAAGACCCGAGAAAUCCCGGCUGUAUUGUUCUUGAGCUUGAUGUGCCGACAUCUUCGAUCGGGUGGUUCAUCGAGAAGGCCUGCGUCAUUAUGUGACCUGAGUGUGUUUGCUGGGAGAUCGAAUUUUUUUUUCCGUAAGCUGGGUUUGCCACUGUCGCCGUAGAUAAAGGUGAUAGCUACUAUGUCCUGCACGAGUGGUUAGGGCGGUGAGCAGGCAGGGGCCUAUCGAUCAGUCUAGCUUCCACCUUGAUAAAUAAACCAUUGCUCUGUGAGCGGCAUGUGCUUCACAAAUUCACCCCCGAGUUCGUUCUCCCGUCAAGCUCGAGACGGGUCACCACAUGGAUCAUCCAUGGAUCAGCUAAGGAAGUGUCUCCCGGUCCGGCGACCGCACUGUCGAAAUUUGGGAGACCACGCCAGCCAUUGGGAAUCCAUGCAGGGAGAUUUCUAUCUGUUUCUAUCUAACCCCGUUGCUC